AUCCUUCUAGAAGCCAGACGACCUUCAUAGAGUCUCGUGCUGCUGUUAUUGUAAUAACGACUUAUAGCGGACUGGGCGAGUUCCUGCAGGUUCUGUUUCGGUUUGUUUGUAUUUUUCCACUCCGGGAUGGGAGCAAACGCAUCCUCGCAACGGGACGCCAAGAGCGCCGAGGACACGAGCGCCAUGGAAGAGCGCGCCGCGGACCUCAGUGAGAGCCGCUGCGGCGACGAGGACGACAACGUGGACGCGAAGCAGUUGCAGAAGAAUGGACAGAUCUCAGUCUCCAGCCUCAACGGGAAGACGGAUGAGCAGACAGAAUUUAACGGACCAGAUGAGGACAAUACUCUGGCCGAGGUUGGCCAGACGGAGGCCAUGCCCCAGAAAGAGGAUAGCCCUGAAUCAGUUGAGGUCCUCCAAGAUGAGGUCUCGCCUCAAGCCAAUGGAGAGCAGGACGAAAAAUGUGUCAGUGCAGAUGAAACUACACCCACAGAAGAGAAGGUAGCUGAGGAGAAACCAACUGAUUCCAACGAGGUGGGUUUCAAGAAGAUCUUCCGCUUUGUUGGCUUUAAGUUUACCCUGAAGAAGGACAAGAAUGAGAAAACAGAGCCUGUACAGCUCCUGACAGUGAAGGAAACUGAGGAUGGUGUUUCAGAAGCUGCUGUUGAGGAAACCAAAGUUGAACCUGUAACAGCAGAAAUCAAGCCUGAGGAUGAAAAGAAACCAGAUGCUCCAGAAAUAGAGAAAGAGGCUGCAAAGACUGAAGCAGAAUUAGACCUCCCUGCAAGUGAUGCCCCAGCAGAUUUCAAAGCAGAUGGCACUGAAGAAACUGACAAGACCCCAGCUGAUGAGCCAGCUGAAGAAGUGGAAACCUCUACUGAUAAAGAGAAAGAGAAAGAACCAGAACCACAAGCAGAAUCUCCUACAUCUCCACCAUCUCAAGAAACACAAUCCCCUUUCAGAAGAUUCUUCAGUCAGGGAAUCUUCUCAAACCUGCGGAAAAAGACAAGCUUCAAGAAAUCUAAAGAAGAGGAACCAAUAAUGGAGAAAUCUGCUGAGGAGGAUAUAAAGGAGGCUGAGGAGAAAGAGGAAGUGGCAACAGGAGGGGAAGAAGAAGUCAAGGAGGAUGCAGAGGAAGUGGAAACAGAAGAACAGGUAGAUAAAUCUGAAGUACCAGAAAAAUCUGAAGCACCUAUAGAAAAAUCUAAAGCAAGGGAAGAGGAAACUCCAUCUGCCCCACAGGAACAAAAGGAGGAGGAGCUAAAGGUGGAGGUUGAGAGCACAAGUGAAGCUGCACCAUUACAAGAACCUGAAGCUGUUGAACAAACUACAACAUGUGAGGUUUCAGAGACCUCUGCUGCUGUAGAAAAAGAAGAAAUCAAACCCACUGAUGAUACCAAACUUACUGAUGGCAAAGAAACGGACUCUUCUGAGGAACAACAGAUUUCUGAGAAAUCAUCUGCAGAAGCAACCACUGAAGCUGAAGUUCAAGACAAAGCCAAGGCUCAAGGAAGUCCUCUGAAAAAAUUGUUUACUGGGGCAGGGUUAAAGAAGUUGUCAUCCAAAAAGCAGAAAGGCAAAAAAGAAACAGAGUCAAAGCAAACAGAAUCCACUGAACAGGCAGCUGAACAGGUUCAGUCAUCCACAGAGUCAGGUGAGGCUCAAAAACCUGACAGCAGUGCCUCGUCUCCAGAAGAAUCUGGUGAGCAUGUUGUAGGUGAGGAAAGUCAGGCUGAGGCCAAUGUGGAAGUCGAAGGUGAGGCAGCAACCUCUGACAGUGAGAAGAAGAAAGAUGGCAUUCUUCAUUGGGCCUCUUUCAAAAAAUUAGUCACUCCAAAGAAACGUGUCAAGAGGUCAUCUGAGAGUGAAGACGAGACCCCUGGAGACAAGCCAAAAUCAGCCACUCUUUCUUCAACAGAGAGUGCUGUCUUCGAAGAGAAAGCUGAGGAGAAUAAAUCAAGUGGAGAAGAAAAGGAAGAAGCAAAGGAGGAAUCACAGGUUGAUUGCAAGACGGAGACAAAAGCUGAAAAGACUGAACAAACCACAGAGGAGCCCAAGAAGAAGAUUGACACCUCAGUAUCCUGGGAAGCCCUUAUUUGUGUGGGAUCAGCUAAAAAGAGGGCCCGGAAGACUUCAGACUCUGACGAUGAAGAACCUAAGAUUGAGGAAGAGGUUCAGAAGUCAGGUGAAGAACAGACCAAGACUGCAGAGUCUCCUAUUGAAAGCUCACAGGAGGUCGAGCGUGAAAAUUUGGCUUCUUCUCCAGAGCCAGAAGGAGAGCUUGUCUCUACAUGGGAGUCCUUCAAAAGGCUGGUAACACAACGUAAGAAACCCAAGGCUGAAGACAAGUCUGAUGAAGCACAGGGUCCAGAGCAGGCAACAUCUGACAGUGAACUACCCAAAGAAGAGUCAUCCUUCUCGCUUAGAAAACUAAUUCCCAGAAGAAAGAAGAAGUCUGAUGCUAAACAAGGACAGGUGUCUUCUGAUGUUGGAUCUGCAGAAGAAGAUUCUGACACACCUGCUGUUGUGCCUCUGUCAGAGUAUGAUAACGAACAAUCAGAGAAGGCAACAGAUGAACAAAAACAGUCAGAAGAGGCAAAACCAGAGGUCACACCUGUCACACCAGUCACUCCUGGAAAAGCAUCAGCUGAGGACAGAUCUCCUUCUUGGAUCCCAGCUACUGUGGAGAAUGCUGAAGAUGAGGCUGACGGAAAGCCAUUAAGUGAUAUACCAGAGGAAGGGGAUACAGCGGCUACACCUAAAUCAACCGAUAACACGAUUGCAGAAGACAUCAUAGAGUUUACUUCAGAAGCAGUCACAGCCAUUGAGCCAGCAGAGGAAACUGAAAUGGUUUCUGCUCUGUCACGUAUCACAGAGUUACCUGAUACAUCUGGUGAGACUUCACCAGUUCCAGAAGAUGGGGUUGUAAAGAAGGCUGAAGCCAUUUUACAAGAAGCUGUAGAAACUAUCAGUAUUACAUCAAGUGCAGUGGCUGUCACAGUUGCAGAGGAGCAGGCAAAAAGUAUGGUUGUCUCUACAAGCCCAUUCCAGAUUGAGUCAGCCAUUAAGGAGGAGAAAGUGGUCUUGGCUGUUCAUGAGAAAAGCGAAGCAAUAGCCAUCUGCACCAGCCUCGACACCAGUGAAAUUAAAGCUGUAGAAAAAGAAAGUAAUUUGAAAGCUACAGUGGAAGCUGUCACCGCUGUCAGUGAGGCACUGUCUGUAGAGGUGGCUGCAGAGGACCAAACUUUAAAACCAGAAGAAGCUGAAGUGGCAGGGGACAAAGUGUCUGUGGCACAAGUUAACGAAGUUCAAACUGAGUGCAAAGAACAGCCUCCAGCCUCUGUGGAACAUACCAUGGAGGAGACUGUAGCGGUUCAUACGAUGAGUGAGAUCCAGGAAGCAACAGCAGUCAAAGUGGUGGAGGUGACACCCAUUCAGGAGAUAGAGAUUGUUGAGGAACCAGUAGUGGUUGAAAACUCUCCAAAGGUGUUGGCAGAGAGCCCUGUUGAAUCAACUGUAGAACAUCCAGUCUGUGCUCAGACAGUGGAGAUCACUGAAGCUACUGCUGUUGAAGAGGAGGUGAAGGAGCUAAAAGAUGUUUCAGAAUCAAUCGCCAGUGUUGAGAUAGAAUCUGUAGAAGUAACUGUACCAAAAGAAAUUAAAUCACUUGCAGAUACCCUAUUGGCUGAGAUAACCGUGUCUCAGGAAGAUCCAAUUCCUGUCCUCACGACAGUAGAUGAGAUUGCAGUGAAAGAAGAGAUUGUCUGUGUUUGCCCACCCUCAGACUCUAAAACAGAAGCAGAGGGUAAGAGUGAGGUUGCUACAGAGAACAUUUUCACUCAAGUCCACAUUACCACAGAUGUUGAGGUUGUUUCAGUGAGUGAUUCUGUUGAUGGAAACAGUGAAGUUGCAGCACCCAGCAUCAGUACUGUGAUUGAGGAAGCUGGUAAGACAGACGAGGAAGAGGUGGAAGCUAAGCAGAAGGAAGCAGAAGCCAUUCAGGAACAGAGCACAGUCAUUGUUCAGGAAGUACUUCAAAAUUUUGUUGAGAACCUCAGUGAAAUGCAUAUGGAACAAGAGUUAGAAGAGAAGCCUGUGGAGGAGAUUCACUCAGAAAAACCUGAAAAGGUUUCAUCUGCAGCUGAGGAGGAAAGAUUGGCACAAGAUGCACCAGUCUCAGAAGAAAAAUUAAUAGUAGAUACACAAAUUCAAGAAGAAAUAAAGCCUGAGACAGAGAAGAAAGCCGAAGAAGAGCCAACCGAAAUCAUUACUGAGACAUUGCCAGUCAGCGAAGCGGUUCAGAUUUCUGAGAAAGUUGUGGAAGCUGUGGCAGAAGAAAUUAAACCACAGGAGCAUGAGACGUCCUCAGUCUCAGUGGAAGCAACACAACUACCUACAGAUGUAGUGAAACAGGAAGUUGAAUUAAAGAAAAGUGAAAAGGAGGCAGAGGAAGACAAAACAGUCAGCAUUGAAAGCGAAGAUGGUAAAUGUGAAGUUAAGAAAGAUCAAAAUGAAGAAGCAAGUGGAACCACAGAGACACCGGCUUUGGAGGAGAGCAGUCAAGUACAAACUGCCUCUCUUGAAAGCACAAAGCAUGCUGAGAUUGUCGAAGAGGAGAGUCAGCAGGCCCAAGACAUGAAGAUAGAUACAACAAUGGCGGGUAAGACUGAAAGUGCAACGCAAGAUUCUGAAAUUUCUGUGAAAGAAGACAGCACCAAACGUCAGGAGCCAUCAAAAGAUGUGCCUCAAACAGACUUGGAAGAGGCACAAAAGGAUAUUUCAGCACCAGAAAUGAAAGGCCAGGAGGGGUCCGGAGAUCCCGUCUGUCAAAAGACAGAUGCUGAAGCCAGUGAGGUGAAGGCGGCUGCUGUGGAGACACCAAAAGCCACUAAAGAAGAGGACACUGAGAAGGAGAUUGACACCGUCACCACAGAGACUGCUACAGUGUCAUGAGCCAGCUGCAUGUAUUAGGUGAUUGUACAAGAAGCUCCUCUAGAAGAUAUAGGAGAAGAAGAUAGAGCCAGAGACUCAUCCAUCCAUCGAUCCAUCCAUCCAUCCAUCUCACAACAUCAUUUUAUAACGUCUGGGUUCCAGCCCACUUUAAAAAUCUUUUUCUGAAUAAAUGGAUUUUUUUUCUGACAUCUUAUUCUCACAGAUGGAGUGUGUCAUGAAGGGUUGCUGUCAGAUGGAGAGAAACGUGUAUGUGUAUGUCCUUUGUGUGUGUGUGUGUGUGUCUGUGAGCGCGUGUGAGAUCUUAUCUUGUAUAUUGUAUUUAUAUCUGAAAUACCCCGUCAUCCUGACCUUGACCAGAAUGACCCGGAAACGUAUGACGUCACCCACGUACAAUGUUGUUUUUUUAUUUUGUUUUGUUUUUUAUGAAUUAUGGUACACGUGCGUAGUUAAACAUCAAGAGUGUUGAUGAGAGCCAGCAUAAUCAUUUCCAUUCCUACUGUACAUAUAUAUCAUAUAUAUAUACAUAUAUAUAUAUAUAUAAAACCACAUUCUUUAUUUCGCGACUGUGAAAGUUUCUUUUGUUUAGUUCUCCCGUGUUUAAGAAGCACACGCUAUCAGUAAAACACUGCUUUCAUCUUUAACAUGUGAACAAAUGAUGAGAUUUGACAGCACUGUUCAGUACAGGAUGUAUUCUUUACUGUGUGUGUUUUUUGUUUUUUUAAUAUUCAAAAAUAAUGUGCUGUGUGCACUGGCGACAUCUACAGGAAGCCAGCUCUUUUGUCGUUUUUCUUAACGAAAUUAAUUUGCAUUCACAAUUUGUGUUUUUUUUGUUGGUUUGUUUGUGCUUUUUUUUUUUUUACAAACAUUAUUCAUAUCGUGCUAAAAGCGUUUGUAUUUUAAUUUCUGUAUCAUAGACUAACAAUGUGACUCAUUCCAGUGAUGAUUCCAUGUUUCCGAACAAAUUAUUCACAACUUCUUUUAGUGCUUUGAAGCCUUUGAUGCAUGAGACCUGAACAAACAGAACUAAGAAGAAACAAAAAUCUCUCUUUCAUCUCUCAUUAAAUUCCCAUCAUUACUUUGUGAUCCUGCUGAUUAUUAGGAUGCAGUAAACAAUUUCUCAGUGAUGCAGCAGCGACUAUCAGUGUUUUUUGGAUGUGAAGAUCCCUGCAAAGAUGCUUUAUUUUGAUAAAAUAGACAAGGAACCUAAAAAAAAAUACAACAACAUAAAAACAAAGCGAAGAAUGUUCUUUAGUUAUCACAGCUUGUAUGAAACCCCCAGGUCGCAUCCUGUUCUCUGCUUUUUCUAAAAACACAAAAAUAUUACUGUGAAGCUCCUUAACAUUUGUACAAAUUGUAUACCUGUGUAUCUUAAAUCAUAUUGUAUUAUUAUAUAACCAAUGAGAGCAUUAGACGACGUUAUGUAGCAUGAUCUGGUUUUUUUAUUCGUCAAGCUGUUAAUAAUAUGGAUACAGAACCAUGUCUAUAUUUCAUUUAAAUAAAAGUUAGCAUCGUAAAGCCA